GCCAAUCUCUCCUCAAACUCAGCCCGGUUUCCAGGUUCUGUGAUAAACGUCACCGUAUUCCAGCACGUCCCUCUGACGUUUUACACCUGCUUCGUUACCAAACGCGGAAGUGAAGUUUGAAGCAAAAUGCAUGACAAAGACCUGAAGGAAGCAUUCGUCAGUAACCUGAAUGGGACCAGCUUGGGCGAGAUAUCACUGGGUUCAGUACUCGCACCACUAUGCCUAAUCAGCAGAGGACUGGUAUUGAUUUUGUACUUCCUAGGAAAGGGGGUGUACCCCUUUUCCUGGAAGGUUCAUCUGUUUCUUGACUUCACUAUGGUGGUGGUGCCUCUUGUUUUGUCCUGUACUGUACUAAGUGACGUCCUUCUCCUGGUAAUUCUGGGUUUAGCUGUCAUUGAUGUCAGCAUGGUGUUCCAAAUAUACCAUAAGAGGAAGCACACUAUCCCAGUGCAGUUUCAUCAAACUCUAAAGACUUUUCUGGAAACCAGGUUAGAGACCAAAUGUACCCCUUUUGUGACAGUGUUCCGUGUGCUUGUCAAUGUGAAAACAGCAAUUAGCAUUCUGGCUGUAGACUUUGCAAUAUUUCCAAGACGUUAUGCAAAAACAGAAACCUAUGGGACUGGAGUCAUGGACUUCGGCGUAGGAUCCUUCAUCUUGGCUAACUCACUUGUCAGUCCCGAAGCAAGGCAAAAGCAAGCUUCAGCUUCUAAAUUCAGUCACGUGACCAAACAGUUGCUCUCGGUUUGGCCGCUGGUUGUGCUUGGAAUGGUGCGACUAAUCAGCGUCAAAGCUCUGGGCUACCACGAGCAUGUCUCAGAGUAUGGGGUGCAUUGGAAUUUCUUUUUCACCCUGGCAAUAGUGAGGGUGGUAGCCUCACUGCUUUUAACAUUCUUCCCAGCCAAUAAGUCGUGGAUUGUGUCACUUGCAAUUGGUGCAAUUUAUCAAACAACGCUUGAGAUGACAGAGCUCAAAUCAUUUAUUUUGCAUGGAAGCGACAGAACAGGUGGAUUUUUAAGUGCCAAUAGAGAAGGGGUGUUCUCUGUCAUUGGGUACGUGGCCAUCUACAUGGCUGGAGUGCAGGUGGGUUUAUAUGUGAUGGAGAAAAGAGCUUUGGUGAAGGACUGGAUCAAAGCAAUAUUGUGGCUUCUGUUGGCAAGUUUUGGAUUAUGGACACUUCUUCAUGUUUGCCAGUCAUUCGUUGAACCAGUGUCUCGUAGAAUGGCAAAUCUUUCUUAUUUGCUAUGGACAAUGGCCCAGUCCCUGUAUUUCUUAUGUUGUUUAAUCACUGCUGAUCUUGUUUUAGUAUUUUCAAAAGUGUUAUCCAAAUGUUCUCCAGUGUCGUCCUCUUGGAUUAUUGCUCAAGAGACAACUACGCAAGACCCAAAUACUGGCACCCCCUUGGAUGAAGAUAAAACCACAAAAAAGAUUGACGAUCUUUGUCUUAUUCAAGCUGUAAACCGAAAUCAGUUAUUGUUUUUCAUGCUGUCGAAUGUUAUGACUGGGUUAACAAAUGUGAUGCUUGAUACUGUUAAUAGCAGCCCUUGGUUUUCAGUUUGUGUCCUUGUGUCUUACAUGUUUGCUAAUUGUUCUGUCAUUUAUAUUUUGCAUAUCAAAAAAAUGACUUUGAAAUUCUGGUAAUUUGACCAUAUUGCAAAAAUGCAAGAUGCAUCAGUUAUCAGAUGGUUAGGGUUAAAUAGCUGGAGGACCAUUGUCACUUCCUCCUUCCAUCAUCGUGAUUACUAUUCUUCAACUUUGAACUUGGUUUGUAAUAUUUUGUAAAGGCAUUUUUGCAACAUUAUAAAUCAUGAAAAAUUGUUGAAUGUUCACUACUGGAAAAAGCAUUGCUGAAGCUUGAAUAAAUACAUUAUUCAAUGGAGCAAUUUUGCAAUUUAUUUAUUUAUUUUUUGGUCGGUGCAUGUACCAUAUCAAUUGUAUCUUACUUAUUAUUGUUAAAUUGUAGCCCAUAAACGUUUACCAAUAUGAUAACAUUUCUCUCAGAAAUAACAGGACCAGCAUAUACAUUAGAUAAAUCUAAUGCAACAACAAUGCAUGCAGUUAAGUGCACAUUAUUUUGAUCAAAUUAUGCCAUUACCUGUACUGUAUUUUGUAUUAAAGGUUGUUUUUAUUAGUAAUAUAACCCAGUUGAAUAACUGUGCUUUAAAUGUAUUGUUUAUUAGUGCUGUGCCUGCAAAUAAAGACUUGGAACUUUAAAAACUGAAACAAAUCAAAAACAGUUUGAAUACAUUUAUUUACUGCAAAAUGUCCUUUGCAUAAAAGUGAAGAAUAUUGGUCUUUUUAGGGAUAUGUGU